AUGUGCAAGGUGAACGGUACGUCUUUUGUCAACAAUCCUCGAAUCAACACAGCGUGCCUCAGCACCUUGGCGAGACGUUGGUAUUCCCGUGCGAUCCAAGAACGACAAGUUCAACAUCAACGGACGGACCCACGUUCACGUCGGGGGAACCACUGGCCCAAGCUUGCAAACUCUUAUAGAAUUCAGUACGAACGUCCGAGUACGGACGAGGGUAUUUACUCGAGUGUCAAAGAGGAAGCACGAUCCACCACCGCGGGGUUUUGAACCGCCAGCAACCUAUCGCAGUAGGUUCAGACCAGUGGACUGGGCAAGACAGGAAAAGGUGCAGAAAGCAUGGGCAGAGCCCACGGCAGAGCACAGUCUUGCCGCUGGCAGGCUGCAAGAGAUGGACAUUGAUCGGACCUUCAGCUUCACAGAUGGGAGCCUGAUGGGCAGCGCUCUGGAUCUCACGAUGAGCAAAGCCAAGAAAUUGGGGCGGCAUGGGUUCGUUGACUCGAACGAUGCGAUCAGAGAAGUGCUUGGAGAGUUUACAGACCUCAAGAUGCUGCCGCCGAUGCUGAACUAG